UGUAUCUCAGCGCGUCGGCGCGUCUACGCCAGUCACGCACGUGUAACCUUUUGAAUUACGUCUUUCUCGGUGCGUGAUCACGAGAUUGAAUAUAAUCCCGAGUUUUUAUUCUAUUUACGAUAGUUUUAUUGUUAUUGCAACAAGAAGAUAUUUCUUCAUUUCUACAUUCGAAAAGUCCUCGAGGCAGAAUGUCGCGUUUAAUAGUGAAAAAUUUGCCGAAAAACGUUACCGACGUCAAACUGAAAGAAUUAUUCAGCCGGCAAGGUAUUGUGACCGAUGUCCAGCUCAAGUAUACGAAAGAUGGGAAUUUUCGGCGAUUUGCGUUUAUUGGAUACAAGACAGAAGAACAAGCAACGUUAGCACAGUCCUAUUUCGAUAAAACUUGCAUCGAUACCUGUAGGAUAUCCGUGGAACUGUGUGCAAAUUUGGGUGAUCCCUCAAAGCCAAGAUCAUGGAGCAAAUAUGCAAACGACAGCUCUCUGAAGAAGAGUAAUGAAGCAACAGACGUUAAAUCAACGCAGAGGUUAUUGGAAAAGAAUAAUGUAGAAGACACAGGCACCAAGAAAACAAGAGAACGGAAGGCAGACGAGAAGGAAAAUGAAGUUGAGAAAGCACUGGAAAAGCACAAAGACGAUCCUCUAUUUAUGGAAUUUCUCGAAACGCAUACUGCUAACAAAACAAGAGAAAUUUGGAACAACGAUAGUAAUGUUGCCAAAAAGCUCGACGAUCAGCACGAGUGUGAUGAAGAUGACGAGAGCGAGGAUGAGGGAGAGGAAGAAAAAGCGGACAAGGAAGAAAACAAGACUGCAGAUAAAGUUAUAUCGGAUUUGGAGUACAUGGAAGCUCUAAAGAAAAAGCAACAGAAUGAGGGGAGAAAGGGAGAGAAAUCUUUGAUAAACGACGCAUCAAAACACGGCCCAUUGACACUUUUUACCGUAAAAAUACGAGGGCUUGGAUACAAACACGUGAAGAAACACAUCAAACAAUUCUUUUCGCCUUUAAAAGCAAAAUCUAUACGUAUUCCACCAAAAAUUAAAGGUAUAGCUUACGUGGGAUUCAAAAACGAGCAAACCAUGAAGAAGGCUCUCAUAAAAGAUAAGAGUUUCUUAGAAGGCAAGCAGAUAUUUGUAUCCAGGUACGAGCGAAAAGCAGUAAAAUCUAAUGGAGAGUCGGAUGACAAAGCUAAUAUUAAAUGGAGGAAACAAGAGGAGGCACUAAAGAACGAAGAGAGUAUAGCGGAAUCUGGAAGAAUGUUUAUUAGAAAUUUGACGUACACUACCACGGAGGAUGAUAUAAAACAAGUGUUUGAAAAAUAUGGUCCUCUGUCCGAAGUGAAUUUACCCGUGGACAAAGUAACCAGAAAACCGAAAGGAUUCGGCACGGUGACCUUCGUGAUGCCGGAGCACGCUGUGAGAGCUUACAACGAGCUGGAUGGUUCUGCACUAAGUGGUAGAAUGUUGCACCUUCUUCCUGGAAAGGCAAAAGCUUCGUUGGAGGAUAUCGACACAGGUAACUUGAGUUACAAGCAAAAGAAGGAGCUGCAGAAUAAGGCAAGCGCAGGUUCAUCGCAUAAUUGGAACACAUUGUUUCUUGGGCAGAACGCUGUAGCAAACGCUAUCGCGAGCCGCUAUAACACGACAAAGGAGAAGUUGCUGGAAGACGGAUCGAACGGAAUGAGCGCUGCGGUCAAACUAGCAUUGGGAGAGACACAGCUGGUUCAAGAUACGAAACACUUUUUGGAAGAAAACGGCGUGUGCUUGGACGCUUUCAAUCAAGCACCAAAGAAGCGAUCAAACACCAUAAUUUUAAUGAAGAAUUUACCAGCAGAAGCACAACCGAAUGAAAUUCGAGAAAUGUUCGUGAAACACGGAGAGCUCGCGCGUGUCGUAAUGCCACCGGCGGGCAUAACAGCGCUGAUUGAAUUUCUGGAACCAUCUGAAGCACGCAAGGCAUUCCACGCGUUAGCUUAUAAAAAAUUCAAGCAUCUACCCUUGUAUCUGGAAUGGGCGCCAGAUAACACUUUCACCGUGCCUGCAUCCGAGAUGGUAAAUAAAAGUGACGCGGCUGCGAAAAAGUCGACACACUCGGAAAAAGUUGAAGAAGAAGCGACGAUAAAGAGAGCUAAAAAAACUGACAGCAACAUACGUAACAAGGAAGAUGACGAACCGCCCGAAGCAGAUACGACGCUUUUCGUAAAGAACAUCAAUUUUGUCACUACGGAGAAACAGUUGGCAGACUACUUUGGCAAGUGCGGUCCUCUUCACUAUGUCAUGAUAGCCACUAAAAAAGAUCCGGAAAAUCCCAGUAAUAAACUAUCAAUGGGAUAUGGAUUUGUGAGAUACAAGAGGAAAGUCGACGCGGAUCGUGCAUUGAAGACUCUACAAAUGUCGGUGCUCGAUGGAAAGAGUCUGGAGUUGAAGCGAUCUGAGAGAACACUAAUAUCCGACGUCAAAACGACGAGGAAACAUGCCAAGAUUACCGAACAGACUGGUACUAAGAUUUUGGUACGGAACAUACCGUUCGAAGCAACUCUUCAGGAAAUAACAGAAUUGUUCAAAUCAUACGGUGAAUUAAAAGCCGUGCGAUUGCCAAAGAAAUUGGUCGGUGCAGAAAAGCACAGAGGAUUCGCCUUCAUCGAGUACUACGCAAAGACGGACGCUAAAAAAGCGUUCGACGCAUUGUGUCAAAGUUCUCACUUGUAUGGACGAAGAUUAGUUCUCGAGUGGGCUCAGACAGAGGAAAGUAUCGAAGAGAUACGAAAACGUACCACGAAACGUUUCUAUCAAGAGAAUCCAGCGAAGAGACAGAAGAAAUCCGUAUUGAAUCUUGAGAGUCUCGAGUCUAAUUCUGCUUAAAUAAAUAUUUGGAAUAAAACCAAAA